CGCCCAGUUAUGCUAUGUAGCUAGCUAGCUAGCUGGCUAAGCUAACUAGCUGACGCUCCGGCUCGGGCAGUGAGGCAUUUUUCCGCUGCUUUUGUGUCUUAGUCAUCAUUAAAUAAACUGAUAAUGGCGUCUGUGUGUGUAUAUAUAUAUUUUUCUGAGUGAGUAGCAGUGUGUGUUUUAUUAUUAAUCUGAUAAUCUAAAAACCAAGCGCGACCAUGACCUCAGACAGCAGAGCCAGCAAAGCCCUACAGGUAAAAAGAGAGUGUGGAGAGAAUGUUCCUGUGCUGUCGGACAGCGAGCUCAUGUCUCUGUCGGUGCGUGAGCUGAACUUGCACCUGCGUGGUUUGUCCAGAGAAGAGAUCCAGAAACUAAAGCAGAGGCGACGUACGCUGAAGAAUCGUGGCUAUGCAGCCAGCUGCAGAGUGAAGCGCGUGUCCCAGCGCGAGGCCUUGGAACAGCAGAAGAAGGAACUGCAGCGCGAGGUGGAACGGCUCGGGGCCGAGAACGCAGGCAUGCGCAGGGAGCUGGAGGGGCUCGGGGCUCGACUUGCAGCACUGCAGCGCUUCGCCCGCAGCCUGGAGUCUGCAGGAGGCAGCAUCCUAGCUACAACGCCUCGCCUCAACACUGCCUCUGUCAUCACCAUAGUGAAGAGCCCACAGCAAAGCCAUGGCCCCAGAGAGCAAGAGGCAUCCUAGGGUUGAGUCCUACAGGCACUAGGCAAACAAAUACGCAAAAACACACACACUCAAACACACAGAAGUACAAGGUACACAACAACUGGACCAUCUAAGCUGAAAUGAACGGCUGCCAAGCAUUUAGGAAUGUUACACAACAAAUAGUUGUGUAAGUGAAGUCAUUGAUGCAGGAUUUUCAGAAUCUUUUACCACACUCUUACCCCAAUGUUGCAUUUUAUUCACAUUUUGUGUAUUGGUUAAUUGGACCAUUUAGACAACGAGAAUGCAGGGCAUAUCUGCAUCAUUUUUAACAUGUUUCUUGAGACAACAGAUUUUGUGUUGUGAAUUAUUUGAUUGUAUUCACCUCUAUUGCAUUUGCUUUAACCAGUAUAACUAACACACUACCCUAUGUUGGUAAGUUUACAUGUAAUGGAGCUUGAAAACAUUUUAAUUAUACCAUUUUAAUAUUUAUAUGCCCAAUUUUUCAUGUGGAAAAACUAGUAAUACCUAUAGAAAGUGUCUGUACUGGAUUUAUGAUUAAGCUUGACUUAAUAUUUGACUACCAACUCUAAGUUGGCAAACAUUGCUGGAAUAUACUCAGUUAUGACUUAAAUAUCAUGAUUAACAGAAUGCCAUGCCAAUGCAAGCUUCUCAAUACAUUCCCACAUAUAUUUUCAAUAUGUAAUCUGCAACAUGGAGAUUUCUUUUUAUCUAUAUUUAAGAUGAAGUCCUACAAGCUAGAGUGCUGUGAUUGUCUAAAUACUGUUUAUGUAUGAAUAGUUUGGGAAUAUUUUCCAUGUCUGAUUAUUGUAAUGGUGUGAUUUUUGUAUUUAGGAUAAGUAUAUUUUAAUGAGCAUUUCAGCUAUGCCCAUGUUUCUACUCCUGCUCUUUAGAGAAUAUUUUAGUGUCUCCCCUUUAACACUCACUUAGCUCAUAAUUGGUGAUGGGUAACAGGGAAAUGCUGAAAUCAUUGUGACAGAGUGGGUCAUGUUUGUGUGUGAUGACUAUUUGUGAUACACUUUGUGGCUUUGCAGUGGUAUUUUUGUACAUAAGUAGAUUUAUUUAUGAUAAAAUACUUUUGGAAGUCUAGAAAGUAUCACGAGUGUAUAAAGUAUGAAAGAUCAGGGAAGUGACAUAAGGAAAAGAAACUAGUGUAAAAGACAGGAACAAAAAGGUGAUUCUGAAAGUGCUAGAGGGAGGGAGGGAGGGACAGAGAAAGGGACAAGUUGUGGUUAGAAGUGCUCAUUAACUCAUGGUUGACAAGAUUGCCAACUAUCAGCUUUACUAACUCCAGCAUUGAGGGUUAUAUAGUAUGUUAAUAUUUAUAGGUUAAAACAGUUAUUGCAAUGAAAUGUUAAAGCUAUUUCAAUUUUAAUUAAAUUUGAUUUCUGUAACAUCUUGUUUUGGUUCCAAACAUGCUGGAUGUUUUGUGAAGUAGUAAAAAAAGUCCUAUUUGUAUUUAUUACAUAUUUUUCUAUGUUAAAAUAGUCUAUUUU